CAGGGGUGGAAGUGUGGGUGCAGCUCCUCCCUGCUCCUGCUGUGGCACGUGCACCCUGGCUGGGUGUGGGUUUUGGACACUCACAUGUGUAGGGUGUAGGUUGGGCUGCGUCAUUGUUUGGGGGUGCAGAAGGCCCAGAUAAGGAGUAACGUGUGCCUGGGUCUCCACCCCAUGUCCUGCUCCAACCAGAAGUUUAGGGAGUGGGCGUCGUCUCCAUUCCAGCCCCACUGUGUGUGUGUGCGCGCGUGUGUGCAUGUGUGCGUGCGUUCCUGCCCCUGGCAUCUGUCUUCUCUCUCUCAGCCCCACUGGUCUGGGCCGCAGGUCACUCGCCUGGCGUUGUCCGUUCAUGAAAGAUGUCAUCCAGAGGCAGGCAAAGGGGACGUUUUCCCUGUUCUCAUCUCUUCCAGGAGAGGAGAAGGGGUGGCCUUUCCCACGGGGGCAGCCCAUGGCAAUGUGGCAGCCCAGUCUCACCCGGGCAGGGUUGUGCGUGACCCCCAAGGGGGGGGAGGAAGGCUGUUGCCAUGGUGGCCUGUGCGAGGCAAAUUCCUCCAGGGUGAAAUGGGAGAUAUUUAUACCCAGGGUCAGGCAGAGAGCGGGCCAGCGGCUGAGGGCAGGAGAGCUGGGAUAUUACGGACACGGUGAGGCUGUGGUGUGCGGGCAGGACAAUGGCAUCUCUCAGCCACAUCUUGGUUCUUUGUGUGGGUCUCCUCGCCACGGUCAACGCAGAAGCGCCACAGGAACACGACCCAUUCACCUAUGACUACCAAUCCCUGCGGAUCGGAGGCCUCAUCAUCGCCGGGAUCCUUUUCAUCCUGGGCAUACUCAUCAUCUUGAGCAGAAGAUGCCGGUGCAAAUUCAACCAGCAGCAGAGGACUGGGGAACCUGAUGAAGAGGAGGGAACUUUCCGCAGCUCAAUCCGCCUCCGUCCCGGUUCCAGCUGCUGCAGCCGCGCCUUCACCGCCUCGGCAUCCAGCCGACCCCUGCUCCGGCUUGGCAUGGCGACCCCGACCCAGGUCACCACAAAGGUUCCUCAGGAACCUGACCCAUUUUACUACGACUAUGACACUGUCCAGACCGUGGGCAUGACUCUGGCCACCAUAUUGUUCCUGCUGGGCAUCCUCAUCAUCAUCAGCAAGAAGAUGAAGUGCAGGAAGGCGGACUCCAGGUCUGAGAGCCCAACAUGCAAAUCCUGUAAGUCGGAGCUUCCCUCCUCAGCCCCUGGAGGUGGCGGCGUGUAGACCAGCCCUGGGCACCUCCACUACUGUCCCUGCCUGAUUGCGGGAGCCUGAGGACCAGGUGGAGGCGGUGGGGACCCCAGCCUUGCCCAGGGAGCGCUCCCCUGAAUGAGCCGUCCCACCUACUCCAAGGCUGGAGCCGCUGCACCUCCCCAGGCCUUGGCAAUUACGACCCCCCAAAGAGCCCGUCUGCAUCCCAGACCCAGGGACUCAGGCCUCCAGCUCCUGGGGUCCCGGGAGUCCACCCUCGGCCCCCCACAAUCCCUGUGUGCUACUCCCCGGCACCUCCCUGCUCCCCGCACCCUCAGCGUCUAUGUCUUGAGCUUAAUAAAUGUGCAUUUGGUUUUUCCC